UGGCCGGGGGCGUGGCUGAGCGCGGAGGGAGGCGUGGUCUGAGCCGGGGGGGCGUGGGCUAAGAGGGGGGCGUAGCCCCACGCUGAAGGCGUAGCUUGGUCCAAUAGGGAGGCGCCGGGGGCGUGGCCCCGCGCCGAGGGAGGCGUGGUCUAAGGGAAGGGGCGUGGCCCCGCUGAGGGCAUCUCCCCGCCCUCCCGCCUCUCAUUGGCUAGAGGUGUUUAGGCGGGAAGGAUGUUUGGCAGGGAUUGGUUAGGGAGUGGGCGGGCUUUAGGGAGGUCUUGUCCUUCUCUCGCGAGAGCCUACCGGGCGCCGCCAUCUUGCGAGGCCGCCGGUUCUGAGAGGAGGAGGAGGAGGCGGCGGCGGGAGGAGACGGGAGGGGACGAGACGAGACGAGACAAGGCCUCGGCCCGGCCGGAGGGUCCCGGUCCCGGUCCCGGGAUGCCGCCGGGUGCCGGAGCCGCCGCGUGCCGGAGCCGCCGCUGGUGCUCAGCGCCGUUGUGUUGCCUGCCCAGGACUAUAUCCGAGCGGUACUGGACCCCAACACCUCCCUGGAGUUUGCCGACCUCCCGGCUCUUUUCGGGGCCGCCCCUUCCCCUCCAGGGGCUGCUGGGCGCCGCAGGUGAUGGCGCCACGGCUCAGUGGCUGCCCGGACCCUCGGCCACGCUCUGGCGGGAGCAGCUGCCGAACGUUCCCUACAGGAAAGGUACGUUCUGCCCCACGGCACAGCCAUGCCGCUCCCAUACAGGCCAGUCAGCCCCACGGCCGCCCCGCUGCCCUCCAACCUGCCCCACUGGCCAUGGCCGCCCCACAGCCACCCCUUAACCUGCCCCACGGCUUCCCUACAGCCAACCCCCGUAGCUGCCCCACAGCUGCCCCAUAGCCAUCCCUCACCCUAUAGCUGCCGCACUGGCCUCCAACGUGCCCCAGCAGCCACGGCUGCCCCACAGCAGCCCCGUGCCACCCCCACACCUACCACCACCGCCCUCUAACCUGCCCCACUGGCCAUGGCAGCCCCAUAGCUGCCCUAUAGCUGCCCCAGUACUGCCCCACAUCACGCCCGUAUGGUUCAACCAGCCUCACCGCCGCCCCCAGCCCUCGAGCCUGCCCCCCACAACCACAGCUGCCCUAUAACUGCCCCACACAGCUCAACCAGCCCCACGGCAGCCCCACAGCUGCCCUGUAGCUGCCCCACAGCACCAGCUCCCCCAUCCCCUGCCCCGCUUACACCCCAUAGCGACCCCCAUGGGGGGGGGCAGUUAGGGGGCCCGAACACCUGGGUCCCCCCCAUAGCUGGACGGGGGCGGGGGGCUGGGCUCCUUCCACCCCACAGCUUCCGCCCCACGGCCUAACGGCCGCCGCAACCCGGACACCCGGGUUCCCGCCGUGGGGCGCGUCUGGGCCCCUCCCCUCCCCACUGCGUGGGACCCAGGCGUCCGGCCCCCCCCCGAAUGAGUCAGCGCGGGGGGGGGGGGGGACGGGGGGGGGGAGGAAGCGCCGGAGCCGCCGUCGCUGCCCUUAUAAGGCCUCGACGGCGCCGGAGCCGCUUCCGCCCCGCCCGGACGCCCAGGUCCCUGCCCCACAUCCCCAGCCCCACAUCCCCCCUUUCUGCCCCACAGCCUGCCCGGAGACCUGGGUCUCUGCCCCAUGUCAUCACCCCGGUGCUGGGGGCUCUGCCCCACAUCGUGGCCUGCCCCACAUCACCCCCCCCCCCACCAAGACACAUGGGUCCCUCCCCCACAUCACACACAUGCACACACACACACACACACACACACACAGACCAACCCCCCCCCCCCCCCAAACGCCUGGGUCCCUGCCCCACAUCCUUCCGUGACCCACCCCGACAUCUCGGUGCCCUGCCCCACAUCUCCCCACAUCCUGCCUACGUGCCUGGGUCCCUGCCCCACAUCACCCCCUGUGCCCCACGACCCACCCAGACAUGCACAUCCCUGCCCCACGUUUUCCCACCCCACAACCCCCCCAUCUCACACCUGGGUUCCCAGCCAGGGGGCGUCUGCGUGUCCUGCCCUGUGCCCACGGUGAGACCCCCCCCCCCCAGGUCUGCCCCAGCCCCCCCCAAGUUCCCCUCUGCCCCCCUUUUAGUCCCCCCGCUUCUUUCCACCCCGUAGCGUACCACAGCCGCUGCGCGGACCCCCGGCUGACCCACACUGCCACAGCUGCAGCCUGUGGGGGCGCCUCCCCCCCCCCCCCCCCCCCGAACGUGCCCCCCAAUAAAGGCCCUGCCCCCCAAGUUCGGCUCCUGUGGG